AUGGCCGGGAAGCGGAGCGGCGAGGUCGGGGAGCGGAGCGGGGAGCCUGCGGCCAAGCGCGCCUGUGGCUCGCGGGACGAGGAGUUCAAUGGGCUGGAGACCUUCGUGUCCGUCGCCAAAACGCUGCCAUCCCCCCAUGUGUACGAUGUUGUGGAAGGAUACGUGAAAAUUUCCAUGGAGUGUGCUGAGAUAUUCAAACUUCUCGAUGGAGAAAGGAAGCCUGAAAAUGAAAUGCUGUUAAUCUUUCAAGCUCUAGAAGCCAUUUUACUGAGGACAGCCAGUGACCUCUCACAUUUUUCUGUUGUCGGAAUGAACAUUGUCAAAAAGUUGAUUCAUUCCUACAUGAAACUGGUCUAUGCUGCUUUGUAUUCUGAAAAUCACAGGAUGAGCCGGGGGUGCCUUACGCUGUUGUCGGCAAUGGUGGCUCAGGGCCCGGAUUCAGCAAGGGAUGUGUAUAGUCAUUUUGAUUUCAAUAACAAAUACCUGCCUGGAUUGUUGAAAAAGAGCUGUAAGCAGGGGAGAGCAGAUGUCCGCAUGGCCUAUAUUCAGUUUGCUCUGUCUUUCCUCAUUGCGGGUGACAAUGCAAUCUUGGCACAGGUGCUGGAAUUAAAAGAUUUCAUUCCAGAUAUUCUUCGUUCUGAAAUCAAGGAAGACAGAGUUUCUACUGUCAGUCUUCUACUUUCCACACUGAAAACUAAGGUGGUUCAUAACAAAAAUGUCAGCAAAACGCAGAAGGUGCGUUUUUUCACUGCGGACGUGUUGCUUCGCAUCGCUUCACUGUACUGUUGGAAUGGGAUUACUGAUGUCAGCUCUGAGGAUUUAAAGCUGGCUCAGGGUUCUGAAGAGGUGGGAAAAGCAAUGGUACGACAACUUGUGCAUAGUUUCUUAAUGGACCUCUGCUGCUCUCUGAAACACGGCAUAACAUUCCAUGAUCCAAGUCUUGGAACUUCUGGCAAGGGAGGAAAUUUGGUACUUCUGCACUUCCUGCUUGGUUUAAAAACUGCAACAGAAGAUGAAAUGGUUGCUGAUCUCAUGGUGAAUAUUCUCAAAGUAUGCCCAGAUUUACUGACUAGAUACUUCAAGGAGACCCAUUAUUCCUUUGUUCCUAGAGUGAAGUCUGCUUGGAUGGACAACAUAAAGUUACUCAAGAAGAUCUAUGAGGCUCAACCAGAAAUCUCCAAUUCUUUUAAGACUUCAGAAUUUAUUCCUCUUCCCAGAUUGCUUUCUAUGGUGAUGGUAACAACAGUUCCUGCAGUGUGCAAUAAAAUGAUGUUCAGCCAAGGAUUAAAGCUGCCCAGCACAGUCAUGAAGCACAGCAUCCUGUCACUGGUAUCCAUGGUGCUGAGAAGAGCCCUGAGGAACAUUGAGCACUGUUUGUCUGAGGAAACCUGGCAAAGGUCACAAAUCUACACGCUGCCAGCAAUGCAGGAGUUUGUGCAGCUCUACAGAGAAGCUGUCAGCAAGGUUUUACCAGACAUGAAUAAUAUAGUGGCUGUCUGGCAGUCCCUUCUGAAGCAAGAGAGAGAGCACAACGACGGCCCAGCAGAGAAGAAGGAAGGUGAUGUCUCCACUGUGAAGUCAGUGACCAAGACAAAAGUUGCUGAGCAGCAUGAUGAUGCUGAGACACUGCUUCUGAAAGCUGCACUGCUUCAGGUCAUAUGUCUUUAUCAGAAGGUUGUGCCCCACUUGGUAGCACAGAGCAACUUCGAUUUCAGCAAGCUGCUGAAAGGCAUAGUCACUGAAAAGGGCCUGCGGGAGGAGGUCCCUCCUCUUCUGCAGCACCAUAUCCUGAAAGUGGCUUUGGAACUUCCUGCAAACAAAUUUGCCUGGUUCAGAAUACAGGACAUCUCUGAGACAGAGAAGAUUCGUGGUGAAAAAUCAGUCUUCUAUUUACUGAUGAAAAUGUUUGUUACAAGUACCCAUUCUCAUCUGAAGAUUUCCACCAAAAAAUUAAUCAUCAAGGUUUUACGUGACAGUGGAGUGUUUGAGUACACAUGGAAGGAACUUUCAGUUUGGCUGGAACACUUGGAUAAUACAAAAGAAGACCAAAAGGAAGCAGUGAUUCGGUUUUUGGAAAGGAUCCUGCUGAAGCUGGUGACAAACCCCUAUCCCUACACUGACAAGGCAGCAGAUCUGCUUCAGGAAGCCAGCGUGCUCCAGGUCGCUAUGUUUAAACAGGACUCUGAUAACAUCAGCAUCCCUGUCUCUCACAUAGAUGAUGUCCUGGAUAUGGUGGAUGUCCUGAUCGAGGGUAGUAACGGCUUAGAUGAAGAAAUUGGGCUCUCUUUAAAUGAGGACAUGAUCAUCCAAACAUUUCCCUUCAGUGCUGUUGUCCCUGCUGCGUUAGAAGCCAGGAAUAUACUGUUGCUUCAGUCUGAAAAUGGAACAGGAGCACACAUCGUGGAGUACCUUGUUCCUGUUUUCACUGAUCUUCUGCACUCUCAGAGAGAACCCCUUGCUCUCUGCUUGAUGUUCCAGCUCUAUGAUAAGGAUCUCAAGUCCCUGCAAGUUGCUGAGUAUCCUCAGCUCUACUGGUUUAACCGAUACUAUAAACUCUGGAUACCCAAGCAAUCUCAGGAAGCUGUGUUUAAAAACCACAAGGAGGUAAGUGAAGAACCUAUGGUGACACUGGAUUCUGUAUUUGCUACUUUGCUAAAGAGAGCCUAUGAGAGAGGAGGCAGUACCUUACUGGAAGAUGGUGUUCAGACAAAAUUAAGAGACUUCGCUUCCCGGCUCCCACCUGACCAGCUUGUGUUGGGAGUAAAGCAGGUGCUACUAUACCUGAAAUCCACGGUGGAGAACUUCAGCAGUCUUGGUAAAACUUCGGGUCCUCAACUUGUUGACCUCUAUGUGGACAUGCUGAACAUCUUGUUGUGCCGGAGUAAUCAAAUAAGGCUGGAUCAUCAGCAGAAACGAGAAGAUCAUCAGGCUGAGUCGGAUCUCUUUGUGGAUGUGGAGUCUCUGAUGAAAGAAGCGUCUUCAGAUGACAAGACACUGGAGGAUGCAUUCACCUUGAUUUUCAGACAUCCUACACUGGAGAGCUGGUUCCUGGCCUUGGAACUGCGCUGUAUUCCUCAGCCUGGUUUGAACCCUGUCACUGUGAAGCUUCUGUCAGCUCACCUCAAUUCCGGGGUGCUCCAGCUGCUGAAAACAGGUGCCCCCAUCCUGCAGAGCAUCGCAAGGGAUCACAGACACGUGUUGUCCAAGUAUUUUGAAACUAUCACCAAAAGUGUCCUGGAAGAACUGGAGACUGUGGGGAAGGACAGAAGCCAGGUCUUUCCCAGGAAGUCUCACCAGCUGCAGGCUGUGGAGGAGCUGCACAUGUACAUGACUUCAGCUCAGCUGAAGGAGAUCACUUUAACCAUGCUGCAACUUCCUGAGAUGAGCUUGACUGCUCAGAAAACUGAGAACUCCCCUAAAAAAGAGAAACAGUUAAGCUUCUAUGGACAAAUUUUGGUGCAGCUCCUUACAGACAGCUAUCAAAGGCAUCCCCAGCAAGGAGAGCUCCUGCUAUCCAGAGAACACAUGAAAGCUUUGGGGAUAUUGAUGUCAGCAUCAGCCAGCAAAGAUUUGGAGAAAGUUUUCCUUCAGGCUCUCCAAAGUGAGCCAGUCCUUGCUCUCACAGUUGGUGUCGAGGUGCAGGCUCACUGCCUUGCCCAGUGCUCACACACCUCCCUGGCCAUUGUGGCCAUGCUGAUCCAGCACUCCAGGACUCACCUGCUGCAGUUUGAGCUCUGGUGUCUGAGCAGUGCCACUGGGAAGUACCUCAGGAAACACAUGGAGAGCUUUCUUCCACUCGUUAAUGUGUAUUUGCAGUGCAGAGACCAGUAUGGUUUCAGCCGACCUGCCACAGUUGUAUCAGCUGUCACACCUGUCUUGAGGAAAGCCCUGUGGAAGGAGCUCUGCACUGGGAUUCAGGACACCGGAGUGUCACACGAGGCUGCUGUGAAACUGCAAAUUCUUUCCAAGUUGUUGCCACCUUCAGAAAGCAAAGGGCUGCACAACCUAAUGGACCAGCUUCCUGCUGCUCUGGAGAGAGCAGGGAAUGAAGAGAGUUGGGCCUUGGCAGAUGCCAUAUCCAGAGUGCUGGAAAACUCGGAGGAGCUGCAUUCCUGGAGAAGAUGUCUCUUGUCAGCCUGCAUGAAGGGGUUAGUUUCCAUGUACAGCAGCAAUAAAGAUGAAAGCAAGCAAGAAGUGGAGAGAUCCAUGCUGCUGAGGCUAGAGGAAUUAUUGUGUUUGGUUGAAGGAGCAGACCCAGAUGACUGGUGCAGCCUUGUCAAGACAGGACUCAAGUACCGUUACAGAGAUGAAACAUUUCUGAAGGUCCUGAACAUUGCCAUCCAGUUAUUGUACAAGAAAGAAUCCUCACUUAGUGAGAGCUUAAUCAAGCUCUCCAAACUUCACAUGAUGGUCACACAGCACUCUCUAUUUCUGUCAAACAUCCUGAGAUCAAGAGAAGAUGAUGGCAUGAACAUCCAGACAAGAGAGGCGCUGGUGGACAUUCUGCUGACAGCUGUGCAGCUCAGCCCCUCUCUCUGUGGGAGCAGUCACCUCCCAGUGCUGCUGGGAGCCUAUGGGGCCACACUGAGCACCGUGGAUCAGAAGAUACUGCUGUUGCUUCAGUUGUAUGAGAAGAAUAAUCAAAGUCUUAUAAACUCCAGGAUCUUGCUGUGGGGUCCAGCUGCUGUGGAGCAUCACAAGACUUGCAAGAGUCUGGGGAAGUCCCUGUGGCAGCAGCCAAGCAUGGAGGAGAUUCUGUGUCUGCUGGAUCGAGAGAAGAUGAUGAAAACGAUUCUGUCGUUCCCUCAGCAUCGCCGACUGCUGCCAUCAGAGGGGAUACAAGAGUCACUAUAUAAAGAUGAAUCAGUCAAGAGCCUUGACGACUUCUAUGAUCCUUGUUUUCUACUUCAGCUCUUCAGUGAACUGACCAGACCAGAGUGUGUGGUGGCAUGUCACAAGUUUGUGGAAGUCAAUGCCCUGGGUCUCACAGUGGCUGCCCUGAGCAGCUAUGACUCCAACAUGAGAGCAGCUGCGUAUUUUGUCUUGGCUUCCUUCCGCUCCCAUCUGGAAGGGGCUCACUUUCGAGAGAAGAGCCAGUUGUUGUAUCUCUUGGAUGCUGUGCAGAAUGGAAUCGGGCAGCCAAACCUCAGGUUCACCUUCUCCCUGAGCCUCUACAUCGCUCGUGUGGCACAGCAGAUCCUGAAGCCAGAGGAGCACAUGUACAUAAAGGUAAACAGAUUCCUUCUGUCACACCAGUAUUUGGACCUGAGGAAAGUACCAGGAUUUUUCCAGCUUUUCUACAGCUUUGAUUUGGAGUACAAAACAGAGCGUGUGUGGAUCCUCAGAUUUCUUGGGCAAGGGCUACGUGACAGACAUUGCUAUGAGCUUUAUGACUACCAGAGGAUUUUCCAGAUCAUUCUUUCCUUUUUCAACAGUCCUUUGUGUGAUGAGGGCUCCCAGAGUCGUAUUCUGGAGAUAUUGCAAAGUGCUGCUCGUGUCACCAGAGCUGCCUAUGAGCUGAUACAGGAUCACAGCCUCCUCACGUGGGUCCUGCACAGCUUAGAGAAAAGGUUUCUGGAAAGCAAGGUGAUAAACAGAAUUAUUUCUUUACUCCAUACUCUGUGGCUAACAAAUUUAGGAGACAAGAGAGAAAACAAGAAUCAGUCCCAGAACAGGAAACUUCUUCCUAUUCAGUUUGUAAAUGAAUUUCUGUAUGUUUUGGUCACAUUAAUCAAACAUAUUAGGACUAAUGUUGAUCUGGCCAAGCUGACUGAGUUCUUCAGUACCCUCAGCUCCGUGCUGGAAUACCGUGCUGUUGUUGUUGAGGCUUUUAGGGAGAUGGGGCGUUUCACAGUCAACGACAGCAUCCUCUCCAGCAGGGAGCUGCUGCUGCUACUGCACAAGUGGAGCCUUUUCAGCAAAGACCUGCAGCUACAGGAGGAUCUGCAGGCCCUGGCUCAGAAGUACCAAAACAAAGAAUUGCUCAAAAAUAUUAGAGACAAGAACAAACCUCAAACCUCAUCUCAUGUGUAUCGUCACACUGGGAAAAAGAACGAGGUGGAAGAUGACAAUGCUGCAGAUGUGGAAGUGUCUGAGCUGGAGAAAUGCAGAGAACAUCUGAAUUCCAUACUUGCCCAUUGGGACCCUGUUUUCCUGGCACCACCCUCCACACAAGAAGGGGAGACCCUCAGACCCGGUGAACCUGAGGCUGAGGCGGUGGCUGUCACCUGUGCAUCCACUCAUGUUGUCACAAAGUGGCUGCUGAGGUCCCUGGCUGGGCAGAGCCUCCUCAGGGAGCAGGACGUGUCACCAGCGUUGAGGUGGCUGCGGAACCAUGUCCUACCGCACUUGGCAGCCACGCAGGAGAUGCUCAGGGAUGAGACAGCAAGGAACAACCUCUUCAAGCUUUACAGCAGGCUCUGCCAGGCCAGCAGCACCUCAGCUGGGCUCUCCAGGGAGCUCGGGGUGCUCAGCUCCAUCAUGCUCCAGCUCAUGGAGGAACAGGGCCUGUCCAGCACCUUCCACAAGCUUGUGAAAUCCCUGUGCCUGUCAGCAACGACAGAAGAGGAUGCGGACAAGACAGCUGUUUCUGUAUUCCUGACUUCCAUUUACAUUGGGGACAUGUGGCUUGGAGCACAGGAGCCGGAUAUGUUACUUACCCAUGUCAGAUUGGUCUGCACUAAUGCAGGUUAUGAAUUACAGGAUGACUUGGGAAUUCAGAAACAAGGAGAGGAAACUAUUAUGUCUCUUUGCAAAAAAAUUUGGCUACAUCAGGGCAUUAAUUUGGGGAACUAACACUUUAACAUUCUGCAUUCUGCCAUCAUCACUGUGAGCCAUGAAAGCCUCCUGAGCUGUUCUCAUACAGACUUAACUUGUUCGGUCAUAAAAACCAGUAUUUUAUUACUGCGUGCAAACUCAGGAGGAAGAUUUUAUUCGACAUCUCUCAGUGGGACAUUAAAGCCCCAGUUCCCUUUUCUUGAACAAUCUGAAACACAGUAUUAUUUCUGUUGUUUUCAUUACAGGCAUUUUUAACUUUUUGAAGAACCAGAAAGUCUGUAUGUGCAUGUGUGUGUCAUUAGUACCCAUCCUCACGCCAAUACAGGAUAGGAAAAAAAGGGUGCAGAGCUUCCUCCAGUGGGGUGUAAGUGCAAAUAACAAGAGGUUUGGUCAUGAUGAUUUACUGUUUCCUGAAGAGCCUGGUUGCAUUCAUCAUACCACAACCAGUAUGAAUAGGAGCCUGAACUUGGAAAUCAUGAUGGUCUUCUUGGGUUUAGUUUAAAAAGCUUUAGUGGCUUUUAAAGACAUUUAUAUCACCUGGUUUAUUUUUAUUACCCUUAUUUUUCUAAUGCAAAAAUAAUAAAAGCACCCUGAUCCGUCACUGCUGCCACAGUGUGCGACAAAGGCCCAUCUUCCCUCCACUUGGAACAGGUGAGAGAUGGGAAUAAACCCCAAAAGAUUUUCUGCUCAUUGAUUAUAGGUGAGUUUUCUUGGGAAUUCCCUGUGAAAUCUGAUACAUUGUUCUCGAAUGUGGCCAAGAGGGUAGGUGAACAUGCAGUGCCAGAAGGAGAGCUUUUGACAUGUAAAUCAGAAUUUUUUCAGUGGACUCACAACUGCAUGCUGUGCCCAGAUCCCUUGUCCAAAUACUGUACAGGGGAAAACCAGAACUGUACAUUCCUUGUGAUAUGUAUUGAAUUUUUGGGGGGUUAAAUAAAAAUGAGAUUAAAAUGAG